ACGAAACAAAACAAAACAAAACAAAACAAAACAAAAUAAAAUAAAAUAAAACAUCUAAUUCCACAUGUCCCGGAUCGAUCAACUCGGGUCGAUGACGUAGCUCCAACUCGGGAUCCGAUUCCUGCGCCAGAAUGUUCGACUUUGACCGUCUCUUCCGUGCGCUCAUAAGCACACAUCGGGGAGAACAGAGCCUCAACGCCAACCUCAACCUGAACCAGAAUCACAACUUGAACCAGGACCAAACCCAACCCCGACCCCAACCCCAACCCCAUCACCACCAUCACCAUCAUCGCGGCUAUUCCGAACCGGCCAAGAUCACAGGUUGGCACGCCCGCCAUCGUACCCUUUCGCUCACCGCACAGAUGCCAGAAAGUAUCGAGCUACCAAGAACUCCAACAUCCUCAAAAUUCAACAGAGACACCGGCUUCCCAGAACCCCUCAGUCCAUAUCGCAACACCACUCUCCCCCAUCCUGACGCCGACACGUCUCCUAACGCCUCUAUCGAAGCCCGCGACGUCGAUCCGGCGCGCACUCGCGCACGGUAUUCCCUUCACUACGACCGGAACAGCAAUGGCAGCAACGGAAAGGUCAUUGUCGACACCAGCCAUCUGUAUGACAACAUCCAAUACGCAGACGGCACAAAGGAAGCGAAGAGCGAAGAGGAAAUCGAGAAAGAGGUACAGAUGAGAGAUGACCUUGUCGACCCCCCGGCCAAUGGUACGGUCAAGGUCGAGAUUCCCGAUAACCUGAUCCCGAGCGAGGCCAGGAGCAGCUCGGAAUCAGGGGAAAAGAGGAGGGGGUUCUUGGGAAGGCUGCACUCGCAUCGCCACAGAUCACAGGGGUCGAGGGGGUGAUCACAGGGAAGGCAUUGCAUACCAUUAGAGCACGGAGUUGGUGUAUGGAUUGCGAUGCCACUUUCAAAUCUGCUUGGACAUGGGCUUUCUGGGAUUCGGGAUCGGGAGCGCGAUGGGUCGGAAGACGGAAGGAAAUGGGUUCUAUAGAGAGACGAUCAAACGAAUUGAAUUGGUAUCUUCAGCACCGCAUAUAAACUGCCAUGUCUAACUCCCUCUGUAUGUCGUAUAGCUGUACGGACUCAACAGUAACGGCACAUGGAAAUGCUCCCCCUCCUUCACGAGGAACGUGAGUUCGACCUCUGGGAAGAAGGUCUUGCCCGGGCCGUAGUACGCCCCAGUAUUAAACUUGAUCCGCCAAACGCUGGAGCCCUUGGGGCAGAUUGCUGUCCCUUCUUUCUCAGCAUGCUCCUUGAUCAUGGUCUUGAUUGAGGGUUGGUUCCCUUGGUGGUCGAUCUCGGAUUCCCAGGUCGCGAUCCGCCCGUCCGCGUUCG